CACCGGUAAACUUAAAUGACGUACCCCCGCGAGCAUUCACGAAACUCCCCCACGAGCAGUCAACAGUCGACCGACCCUCCGACAAACAACAGUGACUAUUUUCCCUCCAAGAGGAAGACUCUCGCUUGUGACUUUUCCUGACGUAUCUCCGGAGCUUCGUAACCUUCAAAACGGAUUUUGCAAUCUUCCGCCAGGUACCGUCGUGUACAAUUUUUGGUCCGCUUUUAUUUUAGCUUGUCGAGUGCUUGAGGCAUUUCUCGUCAAGUCCUCUUUCUUCGAUCUUUCCUUCUUCAUCCGCUUGGACACUGGAUAAAUUUUGAAGCGGUUUGGCUUGUUCGUUCGUUUCCAGACUGACCAUCUGACGCUUUGACUUUGUCUCUCUCCCUCUUUGCAGUGAGCGCGACGGUGUCGGGGAAGCAAGAUGUUGAAAGUGGGAGGAUGGCUUGGUGGCGGCGGGAAGUUUAAACAUGGACACACGAGGAGUUUGAACGCCUUGGAUGAAUUGAAUCAGAUCGAGGAUGCAAUGGCAGCGGUUACUCAUAUUAUGAACGACGAUGUCAAUGCCGCUGAAGAGCAUCUCAAUAAAGGGAGUUCGCCUUUCCACCAGCUAGGGAAAGGAGUCGUGACAUUCAUGCGAGCCACAUUGGGCUUUGAACAGGAAAUUAUGCGCGAAGCUUCACAAACGCUCUCCGACGCCGAGAACUCAGCAUACGAGCAACAGCGACGAGCACACCGCAACACUUCUUCGUAUCAAUCACCGAUUUAUCCCCCCGGAACCGAAUAUGCCGUCUGUCUCGCCGAAGCACAGCUCAUGAGUGCAAUAGUGGGGGUGCUCAACGAGAGUCUGACGGAGGCUAUCAAGAGCUUCUACAAGCUCCGAAAGGCAUACUUGACAUUGGAGAGUGUGAUGGAAGCUGAGAAGAAAUAUUUGAAUGAGAGAAGCACAAGCAGUCUUGCUUCGAGUGGGUCAGAUAGCCCAUCCAGACCUGCCUCGAGGAUGUCCACAAAAGGAGUUAAAACGACUGCUUCGAAACCUGCUUCGAUCACUUCAACGAAAGGCGGAAGCACACUCGUUGAGUCGAGAACAUCUACCCCGGAGACCAUACCCGCGACAGCUUCAAACAUGAGCUUGAACGAGAGUGUCCCGGAUAACGAAGCUAACAAAGCUAACCAGAAGUCCAAGGAGGAUGACGACGAUGACGAUUUCGAUUUCGUAGAUGCAGAUGAGGACCACGAAGGCGUCGAAACGCCAAUGGAAUACAUGGGCCACCUCAACGUGCCCACAGAGACAGGAGGGUCACUCGCACUGGACAACGAGGAGAGGAAGAUCCACGUCAAGUCCAGCUCAGCACCCGACCUGCCCGCCGACCCUUACGUCAAAACCGAUAUCCCCGGUCCAAUCGAAGAUUUCUCGAACCUGACGCUCUCGGAGACCAUCCGGGACGGAGAAGAUAUAUCCGUCUACGGCGACCACCCCGUCGACAUCUUCAUCAUCUCCGGCUCCAACUUCUGCUUCGGCAUCCUCCUCCUCAUCAUCUCCCUCGUGCCCCCAGCAUUCGCCACCCUCCUCAAGAUCGUCGGCUUCAAAGGCGACCGCGAGCGCGGCAUCCAACUCCUCUGGCAAGCCACCAAAUUCCACAACAUUCACGGCGCGAUGGCCGGCCUCGUCCUCUUCGGCUACUACAACGGAAUUUCCCAAUUCUGCGACAUCCUGCCCCAGUCCGGCGAAGGUUCCUUCCCGAAAGAACGCUGCGCAGCCCUCCUCACAGAGAUGCGGUCCCGACACCCGAAAUCGCACCUCUGGCUCCUCGAAGAAUCCCGCAUGCUCGCCAACGAAAAGCAACUCGAGAAAGCCGUCGCCUUCAUGGACCAAUGCUCGGAAUCCCCGCUCAAGCAACUCGAGGCCCUCCAGUGGUUCGAACGCAGCCUCAACACCAUGUUCAUGCACGACUACGAAGGCACAUCCCGCGCGUUCCUAAAGUGCAUCACGCUCAACAACUGGAGCCACGGCCUGUACUACUUCAUCGCGGGCGCCUCGCACGUGCAGCUCUACCGCCGCCACAAGACGCGCGACGCGAAGCUCGCGGCCACGCACAAGGAGAAGGCGAAGGAGAUGUUCAAGAAGGUCGCGCCGAACACGGGCCGCAAGCGGUUUAUGGCCAAGCAGCUGCCGUUCGACCUCUUCGUCAACCGCAAGAUCGCGAAGUGGGAGGCCCGCGCGAAGGAAUGGGACUGCGAUCUCGUGGACGCGAUCGGUGUGUCGCCGCAUGAGGAGAUGAUUUAUUUCUGGAAUGGGUACAAGAGGAUGCGGGAGGAUCAUUUGCAGGCGUCGCUUGAGAACCUCGCGUGGAGUGAGGGGGAGGAGAACCCGUAUUGGAGUAAGGAGGAUUUGGAUGAGAAGGGUGUGCUUGCGGUGCUGAGGGCGGCGACGCUGAGGGGAAUGGGGCGCAUGGCGGAGGCGAAGGAGUUGGUGCAGAGGGAGGUUAUCAAGCAUGAUAGAGCGCUGUUUAAGGGCCCGUUGAAGGAUGCGUGGACGGCGCCGUGCGCGAGGUACGAGAUGGCGGCGUGUGUGUGGAGAGAGGCGGACGCGGAGGGGAAGCCUGAGGACCAUGCAGAUUUGCUGGAGGAGUGUAAGGGUUGGUUGGAGGAGGUCGCGAAGUGGGAGAGCUUUGAUCUGGAUGCAAGGAUUGGCAUGAAAGUCACGACUGGUAAGGGGACGCUCAGGCGGUAUGGCGUGGAGUGCUGAUUUUGCCAUUGCAAAACUACGACUCAUCUUCUGGGGUGUAGCUCUUCUGCUGGGAAAUCGUCGAGCAUGCCAGGCCCCUUUGCAGCAUAAGCCUUUCAGUGUCUAUGAUUUGGACGCGUUGUGUAAGCAUAUGCGUAUAUAUAUUAUGAAGUCUACGCAUGUAUGAAUGGAAAAACGA